UCCUUUUUCUUUCGCUUGACAGCUGUGAUAAAAGUGUCGUGUGGCAUGUUUCUAAAAUAUCGAAAAUAAUUAUAAUAUUGGAUAGAUUGGAAACAAUUCCGUGAUGUCGGAACACGUACUGCCGACCGAGGAGCCGAUCCGUUUCACGGCGCCCCUCAUUCAAGACAACCCAACAGGAUGGGGUCCUUGCGAAAUGCCGGAUCAGUUUCGGGACAUGCCCUACCAGCCGUUCAGCAAAGGGGAUCGCUUGGGUAAAAUAAGUGAUUGGACCAUGGUACAGGAUAAGAAGUACCAAAACAAGUACGCGUCCCAAUUCGGCGCCGGUUCGUCGUACGCGUACUACCACGACGAGGACGAGUCGACGUUCCACCUGGUGGACACGACGCGCGUGCAGAAGCCCCCGUACCAGCGCGGGCGAGCGCGCGGGCAGCGCGGGCGCGGCGCGCGCGGGGCUCGCACCCCCGGCGGCAUGACCACGCUCAACAAGCAACAACGUGACCGCAAGCUUGGCAAGAGAUGGGGUCAGCGAGGUGCUCCCAUGAAGAUCAGGGAUGCCUCCGUCACCGUCCGGCCCACCUGGGUCACCAUCGAGGAUAUGGACUUCCCUCGAUUGGCUAAACUUUCUUUGCCAGGAAUUAAAGAAGGUGAAGACAUUGUAUGCGCGGGUACCCUGGAGUACUAUGACAAGGCGUAUGAUCGUGUCAACGUGAAGCAUGAGAAGGUUCUGCAGCGUAUCGACCGUGUCUUCCAUACUGUGACGACCACCGACGACCCGGUGAUCCGGCGGCUCAGCAAGACGACGGGCACGGUGUACGCCACGGACGCCAUCCUCGCCACCAUCAUGUGCAGCACCCGCUCCAACUACUCCUGGGACAUUGUUAUUGAGAAGAUCGGUGACAAGUUGUUCCUGGACAAGCGCGACAACACGGAGUUCGACCUGCUGACCGUGAACGAGACGUCCGUGGAGCCGCCGGCCGACGACGGCAGCUCCAUCAACUCGCCCCGCAACCUGGCGCUGGAGGCCACCUUCAUCAACCACAACUUCAGCCAGCAGGUGCUGAAGAGCGGCGCGGCCGAGCCCAAGUACAAGUUCCCGGAGGGCAACCCCUUCGUGUCUGAAGAAGAAGACGGCGAUAUCGCCUCCGUCGGGUACCGCUACCGCAAGUGGAACCUCAACAAUGGCGUGGUUCUAGUAGCGCGUUGCGAGCACGACGCGGUCCUGCAGGGGCCGCAAGGAGAGACUCAAUUCCUCACCAUCAAGGCGCUCAACGAGUGGGACUCGAAGCUGGCCAACGGCGUGGAGUGGCGGCAGAAGCUGGACACUCAGCGAGGCGCGGUGCUAGCCAAUGAGUUGAGGAACAACUCGUGCAAGCUCGCCAAGUGGACUGUUCAGGCCCUGCUCGCCGGCUCGGACCAGAUCAAGUUCGGCUACGUGUCCCGCACGCAGGUGCGCGACAACUCGCGCCACGUGAUCCUCGGCACGCAACAGUUCAAGCCGCACGAGUUCGCCGCGCAGAUCAACCUCAGCAUGGACAACGCGUGGGGCAUCCUGCGCUGCAUCAUCGACAUCUGCAUGAAGCAGAAGGAUGGCAAAUACCUGAUAAUGAAGGACCCGAACAAGCCGCUGAUCCGGCUGUACGACAUCCCGGACAACACGUUCGAGUCGGACGCGUCCGAGGAGAGCGGCGACGAGCCCGCCGACACCCCCUUCGCCCCCCUCUACUCGUACGGGAACGCCAAGAGAAUUUAAUCCUGAACAGCGACAGGUUUAUGGUCACCGCACUGAUAACCGUAACGUAAAGGUGAGUAUAGACUACAACAUUUACUUGUAACAGAACAACGAGCCGUUCUCUGAUAUGUUCUUGUGUAUCAUCAUCCUUUUACGAACUUUGUAUCGUACUUUUGCCUGUAUUGUACCAUUCGUAAGAACGUUACAUUACACAGCAUAGCUCGACAAAAUGUUGUAAUCUAUACUCACCUUAAAGGUUGCCUGUUUUUCUUCUGUUAACCAGUAGAACGCGAGCUCGCGAACGCCUGGUUGACAGAAGAAACAAAGGCGAGUCGUUUACGUUACGCUUAUAUUUUAUGUGCUGGGAUCCGUAUCUCUCCGCACAGUAAAAUCAUAUACAGUCGAAAUUCCACCAAGUAUUACACCAAUCUUUCGGAUGUUAAACAACAGUUGUUUAUCUUAUUGUAUUUCGUAUUGUAAUGGGCAAAUACAAUUUUAUAGUCACAG